UGGAGCUCAAAAUAACCACACAAGAUAACAAAUGAGCAAGCACUCUGCAAUAGUGGCGUAAUAUUGGCGGGCCAGUGUGUGAAUUCACACAGAAGGUGUGCUUCACAUUCACACACACACACACACACACACACACACACUCGAACAUGAACACACACACACAGCUGUUCCGCCCUGUCGGCUCAGACGUUACACAUCACCACGGUCUUCCCCUCAUUACAGGAAAGUUAAAAUAUCCACACGGGAGCUCUGAUAAAAUAAGCUAUUAAUCAAGAAGUGAUCCAUCAGAUAAAUCAGUUCUAAAAUGAUUUUGAUGCAGGCCUACACUUUGAUACAGUCAUCAUCUCUGCACGUUGUUCUGGUCUGUUGAAGCCGUUACUUCUCUUCUCCACUGCGUUCCUCAUAGUUUAAAGGUUGAUGAUCUUUGAAGGGUAUAUAGUCUUCACAGAUAACCCUUCUCUCAGCGUGCUCAGAGGCUCAGAGACAUGAACCCGACAUCCACCGCUGAUGUUUCAAAUUGCUGAAAGUAUCCCUGCUGUCAGACUCGGUUUGUAGCCGCGCUGGAAGUAUUUUGACUCCAUGUCCAUUUAUCCACUUAUGUGGGAGAUUUAUAAAAAAAAAAAGAAAAUACAACUGCAAACACUAAAAAAAAAAAAAUCAAUACACGUAGGAUUUCAGCACAAUAGCAUCUGUGUGAGGGGAGUUUAGUAUCGACGGGUGGAUUUUUCUUGUAGGAACAAAAUAUGGCAACAGGGCAGAUUACUCACAGGAUUACACCUUGAUUUGAGAGCAGGUUGAGAAUUAGGGGCAGUUAAGUGUACUUAGAGAGGCAGAUGAGUUAAAGUGCAGACACUAUCGUUCUCCUACAGCCACAUCUGCCCCCGCUGCAAGUCAAUGAAAGUCAAAUCAAUAACCCCUCUCCUUAAAGCUCUGUCACUGUCUGUCUCUCUCUCUCUCUCUCUCUCUCUCUCUCUCUCCUCGGGCUUAUUCUGUCUUUAUUUAUUCUGUCUUCCUCUCUGAUGCCUCUCUCUUCCUCUCAUUCUCUAAGGAUCUAUAUUUGAGUCUAUUUUCUCUCUAAUUUGAUUCUUCUCCUCCGAUAAGAUACUCCCACCCCCCCCCCCAAAAAAAAAAAGAAAACCCUCCCUACUCCCUCCCUCCCUCCCUCCCUGAUCCCCCUUGCCCUCCUUCUGUGGUACUAACAUUUUCUUCUUCUUCUCCUUCUCUAAUCUCGUGCAUUCAUUGCCCACUCAGGUGGCACGCCCAUACGAGGUGCCCUCCAGAUAGAGAUGAGCGAGGAGUCGGACCAGGGGAAAUACGAGUGUGUUGCCACCAACAGCGAUGGGACGCGUUAUUCCACACCGGCCAACCUCUACGUCCGAGAGCUGCGAGAAGUGCGCCGCGUCCCCCCUCGCUUCUCCAUCCCGCCGGCCGACAGCGAGAUCAUGCCAGGGGGCAACGUCAACAUCACCUGCGUGGCGGUGGGCUCCCCGAUGCCCUACGUGAAGUGGAUGCUGGGAGCCGAGGACCUGACGCCCGAGGACGACAUGCCCAUCGGCCGCAACGUCCUGGAGCUGACCGACGUGCGGCAGUCCAACAACUACACGUGUGUCGCCAUGUCGACGCUGGGCGUGAUCGAGGCGGUGUCGCAGAUUAUUGUGAAAGCUCUGCCAAAGGCUCCUGGCAGCCCUGUGGUGACGGAGAGAACUGCAACAAGCAUCACACUCACCUGGGAUUCAGGCAACCCCGAGCCGGUCUCCUACUACAUCAUACAGCACCGUGCCAAAGGGUCCGAGGACCCCUACAAAGAGAUCGACGGCAUCGCCACGACGCGCUACAGCGUGGGCGGCCUCAGUCCGUACUCCCACUACGACUUCCGGGUGGCAGCCGUUAACACCAUCGGCCAGGGCCCCUCCAGUGAUGUGGUGGAGGCUCGCACGGCUGAGCAGGCCCCCUCCUCUCCUCCCCGACAGGUGAGAGGUCGUAUGCUCAGCACCACAACAGCAAUCAUCCACUGGGAUGAACCCGAGGAGCCGAACGGACAGGUGGUGGGCUACAGAGUCUACUACACCUCAGACAACACGCUGCCAGUCAACCAGUGGGAGAAGCAGAUGGUGCGCAGCGCCAACUUCAUCACCAUCCAGAGUUUGACUCCCAACAAGACUUAUUACAUCCGAGUGCUGGCCUUCACCUCUGUGGGAGACGGGCCGCUGUCCCAGGACCUGCAGAUCAUCGCCAAGACCGGAGUCCCAUCACAGCCUUCAGAAUUUAAGGGUGAGGCCAAGUCUGAGACCAGUAUCCUGCUGUCCUGGGUAGCCCCGCCCCAGGGUGGUCCCGAUAACCAGAUCACAGGAUAUGAGCUGGUCUACCGACGGGCCGACGACACAGAGGAGAAGAAAGAGAGCUUCGAGCCGACCGCCUCCUACCUGCUGAAGAACCUGAAGCCCUUCUCCUCCUACACCUUCCAGCUGGCCGCGAAGAGCAAGCACGGCAUCGGGGCGUAUACUAACGAAGUGUCCAUCGACACGCCGCAGACGCUUCCUGCAGCGCCUCCCCAGGACAUCACAUGCACCAGCCCCAGUUCUACCAGCAUCCUGGUAAGUUGGGCCCCACCUCCUCUGGAGUUUCAGAACGGCGUCAUUACGGGAUACUCCAUCCAGUACUCCACCACCGAGGGCAACAAGUCGUCCAAAAGGAUCGACGGAAUAUCCCCGGAAAGCUCUCCGUACGUCCUGGAGAACCUUGAGAAAUGGACUGAGUACGGCGUAACGGUGCGGGCUCAGACAGAAGCCGGGGACGGACCGGAAAGCUUACAGCUGCUUAUCCGCACUGAGGAAGAUGUUCCAAGCGGCCCUCCUCGAGGGGUGGAGGCAGAGACUGUGAACGCCUCGGCCGUUAGGGUGAAAUGGCGAGCGCCCGCCCCCGAAAAGCAACACGGUCAGAUCCGAGGCUACCAAGUCCACUAUGUGAGGAUGAACUACGGAGAGCCUCAGGGUCAGCCCUUCAUCAAGGACAUCCUCAUUGAGGACACUCAGUGGGAAAACGAUGACUCAACUGAAUACGAUGUGGUGCUUGGAAAUCUGAAGGCAGACACGUCUUACUCUGUGUCAGUGGGGGCUUACACCGCUAAAGGUGAUGGGGCUCGCAGCAAACCGGUUUCUGCCUGUACAGCCAUGCCACUGCCUGAGAAGCCCAAACUGAUGGUCAGUGCCACUGAUUCAAGCACUGCUCUGCUUCAAUGGUACCCACCACAAAACCCGCCCACCCCUCUCCUGGGGUACCGCCUCACCUUCGGCCGCGUCGACGUCCUCCCCUUUACGGUUGUUGAGUUCCCCACCAAGGAGAACCGCUACACCGCCCAGGACAUCCACAAGGGAGCCGACUAUGUGUUCAGACUCUCCGCCCGGAACAAAAUGGGCUACGGAGAGGAGGCGGCGAAGGAAGUGACUACUCCAGAAGACGCCCCGAGUGGAUACCCUGAGAAUAUAAUCUCCCAGGAGGCCUCUGCCACCACUCUGCGUCUGGAAUGGAAAUCAGUGCCGCUAAUUGAGCAAAAUGGGAAAAUUGUGAAGUACUCGGUGCUGUACAAGGAUAUAAACAGCCGAGGGAACGCCUCAGAAGUCGUUGUGCCCGCUCCGGGGUCGAGCGUUUUGUUGGAGGGUCUGAGUGCCGAUACUGUGUAUGAUGUCAGGUUGUGCGCGUUCACGUCUGUAGGCCCCGGGCCGUACAGCCCCGGCGUCCAGUGUAGGACGCAGCGACUGGAUCAAGUUUUUGCUGCAAACUUCCGAGUCAAGGCUUCCAUGAAGAACUCUGUUCUGCUGUCCUGGGAGAUCCGAGACAAGAACCCCGCUCAGCCGUUCACCAUCCUGUAUGGGAAGGGCCAGUCUGUUGAAGUGGAUGGGAAGCUGACUCAGAAGCUGAUCACUGGUUUGGAGCCGGACACCCAGUACUCCUUUCUGCUCACCAAUCGGGCCAACAGCGCCGGGGGUCUGCAGCACCGCGUCACCGCCACCACCGCCCCCGACAUCCUCAAAACCAAACCCACCGUGGUGGGAAAGACCAACGCAGACGGCAUGGUGACUGUGCAGCUUCCGACGGUGCAGACCACAGCCAAAGUCAGGGGUUACUAUGUGGUGGUGGUGCCUCUGAAGAAGCAGAGAGGAGGGAAGUUCCUGAAUCCCUGGGAGGAGCCCGACCAGAUGAACAUGGAUGAGCUCCUGAAAGAGAUCAACAGGACCAGCAUCAGUCGUGCCCUCCGCAUCCGCAGACAGGCCGGCCAAUCGGAUCCAAGAGCCUACGUCAGUGCCCACUUUAAGACCCUCCCCCUGGAGUUCACGCUGGGCGACGGUCGGAACUACGGUGACUUCCGCAACCGUCCGCUGCAGAACGGACAGGAGUAUGUUUUCUUCGUGCUCGCGCUGCUCGACCUCUCUGAGAAUACUAUGUUCGCCACCAGCCCGUACUCUGAUCCCGUGACAUCAUCCGAUGUGGAUCCUCAGCCAAUCGUGGACGAGGAGGAGGGUCUGUUGUGGGUGGUGGGGCCUGUGCUGGCCGUCAUCUUCAUCGUCUGCAUCGUCAUCGCCAUUCUGCUCUUCAAGAGCAAACCUGACAGGAAAAGGGCCGAAGCUGAGGGCAGGAAGGGCAGCUUCCCCUGCAGCAAAGCCAUGUCGUCCCAUCAUCCCACUGAUCCCGUGGAGCUACGCAGAAUCAACUUCCAAACUCCAGCGUAUCGUGUGUCAGUGUACCGCGGUUAUCGGCGCUUGUCAAGCAUGGCGAGUCACCCGCCCAUCCCCAUCUCCGAGAUGGCAGAUCACAUCGAGCGCCUCAAGGCGAACGACAAUCUCAAGUUUUCUCAAGAGUACGAGUCCGUCGACCCCGGUCAGCAGUUCACCUGGGAGAACUCCAACUUGGAGGUCAACAAGCCAAAGAACCGCUACGCUAACGUCAUCGCCUAUGAUCACUCCAGGGUCAUACUCUCCAGCAUCGAGGGUGUCCCGGGCAGCGACUACAUCAACGCUAACUACAUCGACGGCUACCGUCGUCAGAAUGCCUACAUCGCCACUCAGGGGUCCCUCCCUGAGACCUUCGGGGAGUUCUGGAGGAUGGUCUGGGAGCAGCACACGGCUAAUAUCAUCAUGAUGACGAAGCUGGAAGAGAAGUCGAGGAUGCCCUCUUAUUUCUUCUCUAAGGUGAAGUGCGAUCAGUACUGGCCGACGCGGGGCACGGAGACCUACGGCCUCAUCCAGGUCACUCUGCUGGACACGGUGGAGCUGGCCACCUACUCUGUCAGGACCUUCGCUCUCUACAAGAGCGGCUCCAACGAGAAGCGCGAGGUCCGUCACUUCCAGUUCACGGCCUGGCCCGACCACGGGGUGCCUGAACACCCCACCCCCUUCCUGGCCUUCCUGCGCAGGGUCAAGGCCUGCAACCCUCCGGAUGCAGGACCGAUGGUUGUCCACUGCAGCGCUGGAGUGGGUCGCACCGGCUGCUUCAUUGUCAUCGACGGCAUGGCGGAGCGGAUCAAGCACGAAAAGACCGUCGACAUCUACGGCCACGUCACGCUGAUGCGCUCCCAGAGGAACUACAUGGUCCAGACGGAGGACCAGUACAUCUUCAUCCACGACGCGCUGCUGGAGGCCGUGACCUGCGGGAACACAGAGGUCCCCGCCAGGAACCUGUACUCCUACAUCCAGAGGCUGACGCAGAUCGAACCGGGGGAGAACGUCACCGGCAUGGAGCUGGAGUUCAAGCGUCUGGCUAGUGCCAAGGCCCACACGUCGCGGUUUGUGAGCGCCAACCUGCCAUGCAACAAGUUCAAGAACCGGCUCGUGAACAUCAUGCCCUACGAGACCACGCGUGUGUGUCUGCAGCCAAUCAGAGGGGUGGAGGGAUCGGAUUAUAUCAACGCCAGCUUCAUUGAUGGAUACAGGCAGCAGAAGGCCUACAUAGCAACCCAAGGUCCGCUGGCUGAGACCACAGAGGACUACUGGAGGAUGCUGUGGGAACACAACUCCACCAUAGUCGUCAUGCUAACCAAGCUGAGAGAAAUGGGACGGGAGAAGUGUCACCAGUACUGGCCUGCAGAGCGCUCAGCCAGGUACCAGUACUUUGUGGUGGAUCCCAUGGCUGAGUACAACAUGCCCCAGUACAUCCUCCGAGAGUUUAAAGUCACCGACGCGAGGGACGGCCAAUCGCGGACAGUUCGUCAGUUCCAGUUCACUGACUGGCCAGAGCAAGGAGUGCCAAAGUCAGGGGAGGGGUUCAUUGAUUUCAUUGGCCAGGUGCACAAAACUAAAGAACAGUUUGGCCAGGAUGGGCCAAUCACUGUGCACUGCAGUGCGGGAGUGGGGAGGACCGGUGUGUUCAUCACCCUCAGCAUCGUGCUGGAGAGGAUGAGGUACGAGGGAGUGGUGGACAUCUUCCAGACUGUCAAGAUGCUCCGCACCCAGAGACCUGCCACCGUUCAGACCGAGGACCAGUACCAGUUCUGCUACCGGGCCAGUCUGGAGUACCUGGGAAGCUUUGAUCACUAUGCAACAUAAACCCAGUGGCCGUCUCUCGUGCCACAUCCCACCUAGUGCACUUCUGUCAGGUCACACGCGUGCGGGUCUGGACGAAUGCACUAGGCCGCGAUGUGUCUUUGAAGAGCUUCGGCCACCACAUGCAGAGUGAAGGGGGACCAUCGGCUUACUCCGUACCAAGAAACAGCACCUCUAACUGAGCCAUAGAAACCUGCUUGACAAGGGUGUUUCUUCCACCCUCAGCCCAAACACACCCAUUGGUCAGUCUGAAGAAGCAACUUCAACCACUGUUCCAAUCAGAAUACUUGAUCGAAUAUUGAUUUUUUUUUUUUUUUUUUUCGUCGUUUCCGUGCUUUUUGUGAGCACCCAGAUUGCUUUACAUUGUUUGGGUGUGGAACUCUCACCUGUGUCCACCACCAGUGUAGCAUCACCAACCUAAACACAGGACCUGGCUACAGUAUAUAGCUAUCACUUUUUUCUAUCUAGAGGACUGUCUAGAAAAGGAGUCUGCAAAUCCAUCUUAUGGAAGCCACGUGGACCGACCGAAAGAAACUGGGACUUUUUCAAAGCACCAGAGAAUUGCCAACAAGAGACUGCGAACACAGAGCACACAGUAUUAAAAAGACAAAGAACUCACAUCCCAAAAAAAAAAAAAAAAGAGACACCAACAAGUGUUUUUUUUUUUCUCCGUCUUUCUCUUUUUGUUUUGGAAACAGACUCUCGUUUCCUGUGAAUGAAAAAGAAGAUAUUUCUACCAUACAGUAAUAAAAAAAAAAAGCACCAGUUCAACCUUAUGCUUCACGAGUUAAGAUAAGGGAAAGAGGUUUCAAAUGCAUACCACAAAGUAAGACAUUGAUUUAGUUUUUUAGAAAAAUAUAGAUAUGUGACUAUCUUGUUUUUUAAAAACUGGGUAUUCCUUGUGGCACGUUUUUUGUUUUUUGUUGUUUUGACAGAUUUGCGACUUUGUCCCCCACUGAUCAUACGAAGGCAAGUUGUGUUUUUUUUCUUUUCUUUUCUGUGUAAUCCAAUGAGCUGUAGCGAUUUUUAAACAAACAAAAAAAAAAGUGAUACGGUACUGUUUUAAAAGUGUACAAUCAAAUCUAGUGUGGAAAAAAAUGUUCACAAUUCUAUGAAAAACACCACCAGUGAGUGUCACUCUCCUGUAUCCUCCACCCCACAGAACACAGUUUCGCAUGCACACAGGACUCUCAUUUUACGUCAAGAGGGCGGCCAUAUUUGUAGUCUCAGAAGGAGGGGGCUCAUAGGGAUGCGACCGGAAAAAGCCCUGAGAAUAAGCUUGCCAAGUUGAUCAGUGUGCCGCUUUGAAAGACUAAAGAGAGUACGCACAGACAGAAAAAAAGUAACUAUUUAUGUGUCCAAAUAAGCUUCACAAAGAUUUCUCAAGCAGGGAGCGAGAAAGGGGGGGGUGUAGAAAUAGAAAACAGGGUGGGAUGGGGUGUAAGGGGGGGGGGGGGGGGGGGGGUCGGGGAAGGAACAAUUUUCUCACUGGAAUGCUCACCUAUUACUUUUCUCUCUGUCUGAUUCAGUGUGCAAUAAGUAGAUGUAUUAUAUAUUUUUGUGUUCAGUCACUAACUGCGGUUAUAUGCCAUGACGACGACGACGACGACGACGAUAGUGACGAUGGUGCAUCAUUUCUCCAGACACGAGGAUGUUACACUCGAUACGCUUCCUCGCUCACCUGUUUUUGUUUUUUUUUCCAACGCGUCCCCAAAAACAGAGGAAACAACCUUUUUUUUUUAAAAAUCAUGUCACGACUCCGAUAGAUGAUGUCAUCCCUUCCAGAGCGUCACGGGGCAAAAAACCAACGAAUGACCAGAACUCAUCCUUCAAACAGCAUCUAAUAAGUAUUUUAGAUUUUUAGAUUUCUAGUGCCUUAUAUUACACGCCUAUUUUGAUAACGUUACUUUAAAGGGUUUCUUUUUUGUGUGUUUCGUGUGGAAGAGAGAGAACUGAACGUCCGUGUGGAUAUGAUUUUGUCGCGUCGCUGUUUUUUGUGAAAAGUGUCUCGUCGUUGUGUCGCGUCGUUCGGCUGCGGAUCUGUUUUGUAUGGACGGCUCUUGUGUAGGCUGGAUUAUUGUACUCAUCAUUUUCAAACCCAGCGACAGCAUUAUCAUAUCUCUUUGAAUCAAAAAAAAGGACAAAAAAAAAUAAUCUUCUAUAUGAGACUUAACUACAGAGAAGAGCAGAUUAAAGGUUCAUAUGUUGGCAGCAUUCUGUCUUUUUCUUCCCUGGGGACGGCUUACACAAGCUCUGUGUGUGUGACCUCCCGUCACUCAGACCUCCGCCUGCCUGCCAUGAGAUUCUUUUUUUUGGGCCACGAGAGCGACUUUUGGCACCGACUGCGAGCUGGCUCCCGACAAGUCAUACUUACUCAGCUAUGAUAGAGAAUCCAGCCGAGCGGUGACGGCCAUCUUUGUCAGUUUGGAGAAGAAGUUUAAAAAAAAACACUUUAAACAGGGCUGAGCUCAUGUAUCCCACCUGAAGCCCCUUCAUCUGAAAUCAAACUAGUCGUCUGUGUUCCUCAUUUCUGAUUUCCGCUAAGAGAAGUUCAGGUGCUACGUCUCCAACAACAACAGAACCUACAACCUUUUUUUUUUUUUUUCUUCUUCUUUUUUUUGUAUCUCCAUAAAAAGCUCGACCAUAUAAGGGAUCAUUGACAGUUUUCCACUAUCCUACAGUAACCCCUGUUGUCGUUUUUUUUUUGUAUGCAUGGUACCACUUUUGAGAUGCCCCUUUGGUCGCACCUGUAACGGGAAGACUUGCACUUUCUCUCUUUGUACUAUGCACUAAUACUAGUAUCCUAUUAUCGCUGAUAGCCCCCCCACCUAAAGGAGUUUUACUUGAACUCAGUAAAGAUGGACCCUGUACUGCUCACAUGGUUGUGUAUAUGUAAAUAACACAGAACACAGAGAGUGAUUGAAAUGCAUAAAUAAAUAAAUAUAAGGUUAUAACGAGUGAAUACAAAUCUAUGAGAUAUACAGAGUGAUAUAAUUAAAGGACGCACCUGAAGUCACAGUGUUAUGGCACGACCGUAUGUGCAAUACAUCACAUUGUGGAUUUGUUGUACCACAAGACAGAAGUUUCACAAAAAAAGGUGUUCUCUAUUUUCCCCUCAAUGUGUCAUGUAGAUGGAAUCAAACUGGAGUUUUUAAAUUGUAUAAAAAGGAAAAAUUAUGACGUGUUACUUGGAUCAGUUUACCUCCAAUCUGGUCUGUAAAUGUAAACUUUAUUAUUUUUAUUUUUUUUGUUUUUUUGUUUUUGUUUUCUGCUCCGAGUCAACAAGUGCUUUUUAUUUUCUUACAUUGGUUCUCGGAGCGCGUGAAAACCGCAAAAACAGGUCUGUAUGAAUUUCUGUUCUCUGUCGACACAAGUUUCAUUUGUUACAAAUAAACUCAAGUAAAAUAAAAACUGCCACUGCU